AUGAGCAACAUUCAAAUUGCAGAGACGCAAACGGAACAAACAGAGCUGUUGGAUUUAUCAGUGCAAAAAUUGAGUAGAGAACAAGCGCCGGAUUUGUGCUUAUUAGCCGAAGUAGCCGAUAAAAUGCCGAAAGCCGAAGUAGCCAACAAAAAUACAGAUGAAUUUGACAGUCAAAAUUCGACAGUCAAGAUGAAUUUAACAGUCAAAGAAGACAGCGUUAAACGAAAACGUGCAGAAGAAAUUGCAGGAAAGAAAUCAAAAAAGAAACUGUUGUGUGAUAAAUGUGGAAAUAGCAUAAUAGAUAUUAACAGGCAUAUGAUGACUCAUACCGGUGAGAAGCCGCAUAGUUGUCCGAUAUGCACGAAAAAUUUCUCUCAGCCACACGACAGGGAUAUCCAUAUGAGAAUUCAUACCAGUGAGAAGCCGUACCACUGUCUCACAUGCAACAAGAACUUCUCUCGUUUAUCAACUUUGAACUACCAUAUGGGAACUCAUAACAGAGAGAAGCCGUACGUUUGUUCGAUAUGCAACAGAAGUUUCUCUCAUUCAUCGAGUAAGAAGAGACAUAUGAAAACACAUACCAGUGAGAAGCCUUAA